AAAAAGAAAAAUUGUAAAGGUAGUGUAACAACUGAUCAUAAAUGAUUUUAAAUGUAUUGAAAAAUAUUAAACACAAGAACCAUCCACCCUCUCCAGCACAAGUAGAAGUAACAAAAGUCAUGUUGAAUAUGAAUGCUAAAGCCCAAGACAAUUUUGAUACUCCUUCCAGACUUUUCGCAGUAGAAACAUCCAAUUUAUCAAACGAAGCAAUGAUUUUGUUAACAGAAGAAAAAUCGGUCAAAAGAUCACUAAGAAGAAUUCGGAAUAAAAAGUAUCCUUCGCUAUGCCCUUUAUCGGAAUUAAAAAUAAAUGGUAUUUGGGCUACUACGGGAGGGCCUGAACCAAAACCGUUUUUAUUAUUUGAUAAUGAAAACAAUACCAAUCGAAUAAUUAUUUUUGCGUCUCCAGAAGGAAUGUCAGAGUUAUCAAAAUCUGUCAAAUGGUGUAUGGAUGGAACUUUUUUUACUUGUCCUAAAGAAUUUUAUCAAGUAUACAUAAUUCAUGCAUGUAUUAAAAACACAUCAGUUCCAUGUGUUUAUGCUUUAUUACAAAGAAAAACUAAAGAAAUUUACGUUGAACUUUUAUCAACACUUAGAAGUUUGCUGUCCGAGUUGAAAUUAAAAACUAUAAGUAUUGACUUUGAAAAAUCCAUGAUUCAAGCUAUUGAAUUAGUAUUUGUCGACAUUAAUAUCCAAUGUUGUUAUUAUCAUCUUUCUCAAAGUAUUUGGCGUAAAGUUCAAAACAUAGGAUUAGCUACAAAAUAUAAGGAAAAUGAAAAUGUUCGUCAAAUAGUAAUUAUAUUAAAUAAUAAAAAUUUUAUAUUCGAAGGUAAAUAAUUAAAAAUUAAAAACAAAAAAAAAACGGGGGGAAAAUGUCCGCAUCCAAAAAUUUAUCAGGGGGAAAAUGUCCUACUACGCCGAAAACAGCCGGGGGGAAAAUGUCCGGGGGGAAAAUGUCCGGAUACCGAUUUUAUAUGGCUGU